CACCACCACUUUUACAAUUCUUUCUCCCUCAAUCUAUCCGCUCUAGUCUCGUUCUAAGUAUGCUUUGUGGUUGCGGAUAAAUCCGAUCUUCCACAUCAGAAAGAAUUACUAGAGUUUGACCCUAAAGCCCCCGUCCCGCUAAGCUCCCGUCCCUUACAAACCCGAACCCGUCGAACCUCUGUCCGGCUUCUGCCAAAAUAUGGACGAAGAGGCUCUUCGUGUAGGUUUUUUUUUGUGUUUUUAUCGUAACAAUUUGAUUUUGUGAUUUUUUUUAUCAAAACAAUCUCUGAUUUCAUUACUUUUUUUAUAGAUGGGUGCCGAGAUAUACGAUCCUCGAUUGUAUAUCCAUUAUGGGCCAAGAGAUAUGAGACUCUUAACCGUCAAGAAGCUCAUCGCUCCCGUGCUAUUUGGGAUAACAAUCCGGUAAUUCGAUGAUUUAUUUGCUUUAUUUUAUUAUUUUCUAAGGUUUUAUUUUGCUUUAUUUAAACUAACAAAUUGAUGUUUUUCCUACUUUGAAGGAAUCACUUAUUCCCGUCGUUCAUAAAGGGACCACAAACUUGCCCCCUUGGCAUCCACGGUUGGCGCCCUAUAUAGAGAGGACCCGGUUGGGUAUGUUGCGCCAUUUCAUGCGGACCGAAAUCGAGAACGAUCUGCUUACGGCAAUGGCGGAGCGAUGGCGUCUCGAAACCCAUACGUUCCACCUUCUGGAGGGAGAAAUGACGAUCACCCUCAAAGACGUGGCGAUCCUCACCGGGCUGCCGAUUUCUGGAGAUGCCAUCAUUGGUUCCACUACCAAACCCGAAGGAGUUUGGGGGCCGCUCAUUCUUGCUGAAUUGGGAUUUGACAUGCCGACCACCACACCAAUUCAAGGACGGGGGCAUCCACCGUUGAAUGCGGGACAAGUGUUGGUCCCGUGGCUGGUAACUCAGAUCCAUAAUGAGGUGGAAAUCAAUGACGAGACUCUGGAAGAUCAAGUGGAGCGCUAUGCAUGCAUCUAUCUCAUUGGUCUGGUGGGUGGAUUUCUGUUCUCCGACAAAGUCAAACCGGUGGAUUCAAGGCAUAUGGUUGCCAUUCCUCUAUGGUGACUGAGACGCAAUCGGGGAAAAGAGUUGGGGAUCAGCCGUGUUAGCUGGCAUAUACCGGGAUCUGUGCACUUGCUCGAAGGUGGGAGCAAAACAAGAUGGUGCUGCGAUAUACCAUCAUCAUAAGAAUACUGGCGAGAAUGAGUUUCACUGACCGCCUCGGUCUCAACAUACACCUCUGCAAGCCGCAUCCAAUUAUCGCUUAGGAACUGUAACAUCAUCGUAACCGCGUCAUCAUCGUUUAUGACAACUUCUUGGUACACAACCCCGCCAGCACUCAUGUUUGGAUACCGGUAACUAAUUUUGCCAACUCUCGUCUGUCCGCUCGUACAAACCCUGUAUGCACAAAUAUCACGGAGUUCGUGAAAAUUGAAUCGCGACUCAAUUUUCAGCAUAGUGGGUUCACCGUUCUCAUAAUCAAUCCCUAUGUCAGAGUUUGUCACCCUUCCAUUCCACCGAAUAAUAAGCCGAAACUUCUUGA